AACAGAAUCAAUGGAUCCCAAUUUCCAGUUCCACACCGCCCUCCAAUGUUGUAGCUUACGUAGCUACCUGACGGCAGACCCCGUCUUUUCAGUCUCCUCAGAUAUCAGUGUAUAUAUAUAAAGCUUCGUCUUUUCUUUCUCCUAACAUCCAAGAAAUCGAUAAAGUCAUUAACAAGGGAGAAAAUUCCGCGAGAUCGUUCAUCUGAUCGAGUCCAAGGCCCAGUUUCCCAUCGGUCUUCACUUUCAAUGGCGCCGAAGGGGAAGCACGGCCGGUGGCAGCCGAGGAGGGCGUCGCCGUCGCGGGCGACGGUCUUCGCGGCGCUGGUAAUGGUUGCAUUCUUCACUUUGAUUCUCCUAGGUUUCGGGAUUCUCUCGAGUUCCAGAGAUUCCCAGGAAGCACACGAUCUUAGCACAAUAGCGCGCAGCAUACUGGAGAGAGAAGAUGGCAGUGAAAGAGGAGAUCAAUGGGUUGAAAUAAUUUCCUGGGUGCCUAGGGCAUUUGUUUAUCAUAAUUUCUUGUCAAAGGAUGAAUGUCAAUAUUUAAUUAAUCUUGCCAAACCCCAUAUGGAAAAGUCAACGGUUGUUGACAAUGAAACUGGCAAGAGCAAAGAUAGCAGGGUGCGUACAAGCUCGGGAACCUUUCUUGCUAGAGGUGGUGACAAAAUAAUCAGUAACAUUGAAAAAAGAAUAGCAGAUUUCAGCUUCAUACCUGUAGAAAAUGGUGAAGGCCUUCAAGUUCUCCACUAUGAAGUCGGCCAGAAGUAUGAGCCACAUUAUGAUUACUUUGCCGAUGAGUACAAUAUUAAGAAUGGGGGCCAACGAGUUGCUACGCUUCUCAUGUACCUGUCUGAUGUUGAAGAAGGGGGAGAGACAUUAUUCCCAGCUGCAGAGGGAAAUUUUAGUGCAGUUCCUUGGUGGAAUGAAUUGUCUGAAUGUGGAAGACAAGGACUUUCUUUAAAACCAAAGAUGGGCGAUGCAUUACUUUUCUGGAGCAUGAAACCGGAUGCAUCCCCAGACCCAUCAAGUUUGCAUGGUUCUUGCCCUGUGAUAAAGGGUAACAAAUGGUCAUGCACAAAAUGGAUGCGGAUUCACGAAUACAAAGUAUAAGCCGUCGUUUAUGGCUGUGAAAUAGAUUUUGCUGUGCCCUUUUCUAUAUUGCUACACUUGUAUCAAAUGAUUGGGAAAUGUUACAGAAGAGGAUUUGGAAUAGGAACAGCCAAAACAGAAAUGCCUGAGACAUACAAUACUAGUAAAAGGUUGCCAAGAUAGCUUUUUUAGACACACAUUUUGUUGUUAUUAUAAACAUGAUUGUUGUCAAUGUUUUGAUCUUGUUUCAAUGCCUAGUGGCCGUUUGG